GCAGGGGGAGCGGCGGCGCCCGGAGCUGCCGAGGGGCCCCGGCCGCCGCCAUUGUCCGUGGGCGGUGGCGCCGCUGGGCCGGGCGGGCGCAGCCUGGUGGCGGGACGGGCCCGGGAGCCCCGCCGUCAGGCUCCGAGGCCGCGCCGCCGUCCCGCCUCGCUGGCCGCCGUGGCCGGCCCGGGCCUGUGCUGGGGCCCGCUGAGCCGCCGGGCAGCCGGGCCGGCCGCGUGGGAGCCCCGUGGGAAGCGGGGUGCCGGGACUUUGCUCAGCCUUGCCUGGAGGUCCAAGUGACCGUGGAGGAAAGGGAAGGUGGGCGGACGGCGCCCCACGCCAGCGACUCUCCUCUCCUCCCUUGCGACUUGGCCUUUGGAGAAACGUUUUGUAAGCAAAGGAAAGGUCAGCGGUGGUUUUUCUGGUUCAAGUCAAGAGAGCUUUGAACGCAGGAACCGAUCCGUGCCCGGCGCCCUCUGUGCUGCUCGCAGGGAAGCGUCCCCCAGGAGUGUUGAGCGUCUAGCUCCGUGGCCCCUGGCUGCGCGCUGAGAUAGGACUGCUUUUCCCUGAUUGCUUUCCUUCUCUGCUCUCACUUUUGGGUCCCAGCUCUCCUGCCCGUAUCGGUCAGUGGGAAGGAGAAUCUGGAACGUUCCCGCACCGAGGGCUUCCGUCUUCACAAGAGGAUGAAGGGUCCGAGAAGUUGGACUCCCUUGCUAGAGACAGAAGACUGGGCUGACAGUGUUUUAGGAAGAAGAUCCUUUUACUGAUUUUAGUCCAGCUCAUCCAUAGUUUGAGUUGCCAAGAAUGGUUGUAAUGAGUGAAAAGUAGAAGACAGGAAACCAUUGAGGGUUCCGGUCAAGAAGAAAGCCUGUCAAGUUGCAUUCCACGAGCUUGGAAAAGAGGCAGUGCUCUUCAGAAAAACUGUUGACGUCACAGGUUUCAAGAUGAAGACAGGAGAGUCACAGCUAGUGACCAUGUCCCACAAUCAAUUCUGGAAUAUACAUCCAGGGCUACAAGAACACUGGAGCUGGAAUUCUCAUAGAGAAACUGAGCCUAUAUGUGAGAAAGCUAUGCCUGUUCACCAGAUCCUAGCCUUUUCUGACAAAACCACCACCAAAGACUGGACAGUGGCACCCAGGCUCAUCUUGCCUGAGUCCCAGAGCUUGUUGACAUUUGAAGAAGUGGCCAUGUAUUUUUCUCAGGAAGAAUGGGAGUUACUGGAUCCCACUCAGAAGGCCCUCUACAAUGAUGUAAUGCGAGAAAACUAUGAGACUGUCAUCUCUCUAGUUGUGCCUGUUCACCAGAUCCCAGCCUUUUUUGAGAAGACAAACACCAAAGACUGGACAGUGACACCCGAGCUCAUCUUGCCUGAGUCCCAGAGCUUGUUGACAUUUGAAGAAGUGGCCAUGUAUUUUUCCCAGGAAGAAUGGGAGUUACUGGAUCCCACUCAGAAGGCCCUCUACAAUGAUGUAAUGCGAGAAAACUAUGAGACUGUCAUCUCUCUAGUGUUAUUUGUGCUCCCCAAACCUAAAGCGAUCUCCUGUCUAGAGCAAGGAGAAGAGCCAUGGGUUCAAGGGCCCUUGGAGUUCAAGGACAAUCCUGGAGAGCUGCCUACAGGGUUAAAGCUCAAAACUGACACUGAAAACCAUCAGCCUAUAUGUCUUUCUGACUUAGAAAUACAAGCACCAGGAGACUUUGUAUCAAAAAAGACCAGAGUGAAAGUUCCCCCAAAAACAACAGGCAAAGAAAAUCAUAGUGAUACACACAGGAUGGGGAAGUGGCAUCAAGAGUUUCCAGUUCAUCAAACAAAGGAACUUUCAAUUUGGGAAGAAGAGCUGCAGAGACUUAUGGAUCUUCACAAGAAAGCCCGUGCAGUAGAGAAGCCUUUUACAUGCCAGGAAUGUAGGAAAAACUUCAGACUGACUUCUGAUCUUACUAAACACAAAAAAAUUCACACAGAAGUGAAGCCAUAUAAAUGUCAACAUUGUGGUAAGAGCUUUAGAGGGAAAUCAGAUCUUAAUAAGCAUGUAACAAUACACCAAGGAAUAAAACCGUAUAAAUGCUCCUGGUGUGGGAAAAGCUUCAGUCAAAAUUCAAAUCUCCGUACACAUCAAAGAACUCACACUGGAGAGAAACCCUUUAUGUGUUAUAUAUGUGGAAAGAAAUUCAGUCAGAAUUCCCAUCUUACUAAACAUCGAAGAACCCAUCUGUAGCAUAAGCAUGAGAACAUUAGCAGGCAUUCAAGCCUUCUUAAACACCAGAAGACUACCACUGAAUGGAAAUAUAUGUGAUGUCCUUAGUAUGGAGAAGAAAAUGCAAACUUAUGAAGCAUAAAUAAUUCAUCAAUGGAAAAUUUGGUGAUAUAUUUCUCAGAAAGGAAUCAAGGUUGACUCUUCAGGGGAUGCGUUAGUUUUUUACUAAUUACAUUAUUACUAAUCUUCAGGGAAUUCCUAACAAGAAUGGUGUUCAAAGAGCAUUCUGAGUCUGGAAUGUACUAUUUUGUGAUUGUACUAGGCAGGUAGCAAAUUCAGCUUCAAAACGCAAAUACACCCAUGUAUUACUAAUCAGUCUUCUGUGAUCAUGUUGGUUUUGCAUUGAUCUCCACAUGACAGGAACAUUUGUAGCAUGGUCUUCCAGAACAAGAAACAAUACCUGCAUGUUUAAUUGCAUACCAUUACCUUCAGGGUAGUAGGCUUACCAAUUUCCAAAAUCCUGUAGCACAAAAAUGAGAUCUGUUGUCAAGUUCUGCAAGAGUCAAAUUGGAUUUUUCUUCUUCUUUGUCAGUGGACAGUUUCUAUAGUUAAACAUCAUUUGAAUUCUAUCAUGAACAAUUUAGCUCUUAAGGCCUUUUAGCACCAUUUUUACAGUGAUAGAAUGCUAUUUACCUCACCAUUAGGUUAUCUGCCAGAAGUAACAAUGUACUAACUUAGAUCUCUUAUUGGUCAUGAUUGAUAAAGGAAAAUACCAAGAUCACAUGGAAACGGUUUGGAAUUUUAGGCAUGGAUUAUAUAUUACAUGUAAAGAGGAAUUGUUAGCAAAAAAGAAAGGUAUCGCCCCCCCCUCCGCCCCAGCACACACACAUACAAUGUCAAUCAUAAAUAUUAGCACUUUCCUGGGCCUAAAUAGAAAUCGAUGGAAGUUAAGGAUCAAAUUAGGUCUUUGCCUUUUUUUUUUUAUUUUUUGCUUUUAUUUAUAAGAACAAAGAGAGGGUUCUGUAUAGAAAGUAGAAUGUGCGCUACCUCCAGGAUGUGGUUUACUAGGUGUGGCAGGAGAUUGGGUUCCCAAGAGGAAAAGUUUGGGAAAUGAUGCUGAGUGGUAGGCAAGGAUGGGUGAAUCUGCAUUCAUAUUGUCUUUCACUGUAAAUCAUCACUAGGCAGAGUCCACCUGUGGCUGUACACAGCAUUUAACAACAGCCUUAAUUGGUAACUAAUAGAUGGCUGAACAUCUCUAUGGGCUGUGGAUCAUCUUAGGACUCUUGUCUACAACAGUGACUCAGCAUGUGUUCCUAUUAGAGGUUUUAGGUGGUGUCAGGAAGGGGGUUAAAUGAUCUCUUGCAAAUACCUUAUGAAAGAUGAAGUUAAGGCUCAGAUACAAGGAAUUGUUCAAGAGCAGCGAGUCAGCUGUCCCUUAGCUGCAUCAGUGAGCCCUGAAGGCAGGAUUAACAGGAUGUGAACGUUACCCCUGCAGGGCACUGGGUGACAUUGUGUUGUAUCUAUUUCUAACUAUAGAACAUUCCUGUGGCUUGAUUGGUUGCCAAAACACAGCAGUCUCCAUGUUCUCUCUUUCAACUCAGGGUUAUUCUAGGAUAAGAGGCACCUCACAGCCUGGCCAGUGGUGGAUGCUCAGCCCAUGUGCAUUUGUUUCCCUUUCCCCUGCUCCCCAGUGAUCUGCUGGGCAGACUGCAGUAAGGAAGCAGAUGUAUUUAUGGCACUGUAGGUGGUGAUUUUGCUCAGUUGAUUUAGUCCUUGGCCUCAGUACAUCAGUACAUUAUGGUGUAAGUCACCUGAGCUGGUGCUCUCAGCAGGAUUUUAUUUUCUUCCCCAGAUGAACUACACCAAGUAUUAUUUCAUAAGCACAGCCAACUAUGAAGCUGCCUUAUACAUAGCCAUUGCCCAUCGCCCUCAUCCUUAGGCUUUGGGUACCCUGAUCUCAUCCCAGGAUACAGGUGGACAUCUUGGUGCUAUGUUCAGUCGAUUUCAUGGGGGCCGCUUGUGUGCCCAGACACUGUUCUAGACUGAGAACAUAGUAGUGAGCAAAAGAGCUAAAGAUACACCCUCACAGGGCCAGUGUUCUAGUGAAGAGUAAAAGGAGUUGUUAUGGUUUUCUCCUCGCAGUUGCAGACGAAGGAUAGUUGUGGGUAAUGGGUUGUGAGCAGAAGCCCCACUUCUGGGCUAAAGCUUUUGUUUAUUGGUGCAGGACUCUGUAGUGUUCUUCCUGCAUCAGUCGUGGAAGCCCUUAUAGAAACGGGCCACAAAAAGUCAAAGUCGUCUGGGAUCCUGAGCCCCCCACCUCCAUGGAGAGCACCUGUAAUGGACUUUAUGGGAAUGAGAAAUAAACUUCUGUUAAACUAC